AUGGUAGCAAUAUCACUGUACAAAGGCAAUCUCCAUAAAAUCUCGAAUGUACCGCACCGAUGGCCGAUGCCGGCGCGAAAAAUCUCUCUCCGAGACUUCAAAAUUCUCUGGCGCCGCCGUAUCAACGCCCUCUCACUCCUCCAGUCCACUUCCACUGACGCUGCCGAUAUCGCCACUACCUCAAACCCUAACCCUGGACUUGGACCUUCCGAUGAUGUUAAGGAUAAUAAUAAUACUAAUAAUAAGCGUGAUUCCGGUUUUGAAGUAGAGUUAGAUCGGCUGGAUUUGGAUGAGGGACAGAUUGUGGAGAAGCGAAAGGAGGAUGGGGAGGUUAGGGACGAGAAAGUAUUGGAAGGUGAGGAUUAUUUGGGAAAAUUGAUUAAGGAAUGUGAUGCAUUGGUUGAGGAGAAAAAUUCACACUACAUUGAAAAUGAAGACAAAGCAAUGGUUCCCGCGAAUCCUGAACCAGAGCAGGCUCGCAACGAAGAUAAUGAUGUUAUUUCCAAGGAGAAAAGAAAGAAUGAGGUUGAGGAGAAGCUGGUACUUUUGAAUGGGAAAAAGCAUAGUUUAGUCCAACUGUUGAAACAGAUAAACUUACGUCUUCUCCUCGAUUUCAGACAAAGUAGUAUGCAAGGGAUGGCUGGCCGGCAAUUUCCUCCUCUACUAGUGGAUGCCGUCAAUGACUCUGGAUCAAUGACUAGGCUAAACACACCUAGAACGGCCUUGGAUGGAAAUCUUGGUGGAGAUAUGUAUGUUAGAGAAGCUGAUGAUACUUGGAACCAUAAUGUGCGUUCUUGUAAUGUGCUUCACUUGAGCAGCACCUCACCAUCUUUUUACUCUCAACUGAGGAAACCUGCCUGUAGUGCGUUCCCUCACGCUUCUCAAACUGCACUGGGAGCUGUUGGUAGUCCUUCACGCUUUGCACCCACUGGGCAGAAAGGACACUCUUCAAAUCCUCCCACAGUAUCUGUAUCAGGAAUGAACUACAUUGCCUCUUCUCCCUCUCCUGCUGCAUCUGGUGGUACUUCAGUGUUUAGAGAUGGCUGGCUCCCAAGUCCAUGUAUGCCAUGCCCCCGCAGCCAACCAGCUGGGUACGGAGUGGUAGUGGUGGGGCUUGGUGGAUUUGGGUUGCUAACUUGA